AUGAAUCUCAGCUUUGACACCAAGAACAGAAAAAUAGACGACCAGCCACUAGGCCUGAGGGCAGAAGCUGGACCAAGCCAAGGGAGGACGCGGGGCCCGCCCCUGGGGGUGGGACUGACAGUGGUCACGUGGAGGGGAGCCCCCCUUUCCCCGCCUCCACCCCGCCCCCGUCCUCCGGGCUCUUCGCCCGGCCACUGUCUGGAGCCAAGGGCGCUGCGGGGGUCUCGGGGCGCCGGUUUGCUGCUGCUCCGUCUGCUCCCCGCCUGCCUGCAGACGGCGGGAGUGCAACAGCGACAGCAAAGCCGGCUAGAGCACAGGAGACAAGGCAGCGCCAUGGAUCUGUCCUUUAUGGCCGCGCAGCUGCCCAUGAUGGGAGGCGCCUUCAUGGACUCAUCCAACGAGGACUUCAGCACUGAGUACUCCCUCUUCACCUCCUCCAACAACGUGCACGCUGCCACCCCAGGCUCGGGUUCCAACGACGAACCCAGCCGUUCCUCCCAUGAUGCAGUCCUGCUGUGGAUCGCCGUGAUCGCCACUCUGGGCAACAUCGUGGUGGUGGGGGUGGUGUACGCCUUCACCUUCUGAGCUCGAGCACUGGAGCCAGGAGCCCCCAUGGCGUGCCCCGGAGUCCUCUCCCACAGAUGCAUCACUCCCCACCUGUGGCCAUGGGGUUGGAGGCAGCGACUUCUGGCCUCCCAGCCCCAUCCUCAGGAGACCGGAUGGGACAGAACCUCAAACAUCGGCUUGGUGACUUUUAAAAGCUGUGUUUCCAGGGGGUGAUGCCAGGGAGUGCUGCCUCCUUGAGUGACUAUUCACCCCUGGGACUUGUGGGGACCUGAACCUAGCUCUGUUUGUAUGUGAGGUGUAGGGGGGUGGUGGGAAGAAUUAAGA